AUGAUUGCACGACUGUUUUUUGCACUCAUCCUGACUUUUCCUACAAGCAUUGCUCUCAAUUUCACUAUAAAGACGAUCAGUUCUCAUCAGUUGACACCAAGACAGUACGCAGCCGUUCGCUAUCAUCCUCAAAUCGACGCAUGGCGUCGCCGGAAAAGACAGAAUGACGGAUGGACUUGGCAGCCAUUGCAUGAUUAUUUCGACGAAUUCUACCUCGGAAGUGUCACUGUAGGGAAUCCAGGACAAGAGCUCUGGCUUGCCAUGGACACCGGUUCCUCAAUUAUGUGGGUGAUUGAUGGUGCAUGUAACACUGCCGAAUGUAAUGGUUAUCCUAACAACGGCCGUGAUAAGCACAAGUAUUACAAAGCUCGAUCGAAUACCUUCAAGUUCUUGAAUCGUCCAUUUUCGAUGAGUUACAAAACUGGAUGGACCAGCGGAAAGGUUGCACAGGACACUGUUCGCUUCGGAGGUUAUACAGUACUCGUCCAAGAUUUUGGAGUUGCUGAUAAGGUGGCUCCGUUUCUCGCGCAAAUACCGAUCGACGGUGUUUUUGGACUCGGAUUACCCUCUAACACUGCAACUGGCAACAUGGUUUCCCCAAUGGAAGUACUCGUACCAAAUCUCAAACAAAAACUGAUUACUGUAUGGAUGAAUAGAAAGGUGCAAAUCAGCCGAGGAGGAGACGCAGGAUAUAUCACCUACGGAGCUGUGGACACUUCAAAUUGUCAACAAAAUUGGAAUUACGUUCCUAUUUCGCAUAAUAUGCAUUGGCGUAUACCAUUACAAGGAAUGACCAUUGGAUCGUACAAUUAUCACGGAAACAAUGAACAUGCCCUUUGCGAUACAGGAAGCUCAUAUCUUGGUGUGCCGAAAGCGGUGAUGGACAAUAUCGCUGGGAUCACAGGCGCAACAUUCGACGCCGCUCAUGGAGUCUAUACUGUGCCGUGCUCUGUGAUGUGGACUUUACCGAAUCUUCUCUUUCAAAUCGGUGGCCAUCAGUACCGUAUCCCAUCGAUUCAAUACGUAAUCGACAUGAAUCUCGGAAACAACAGGCUUGAGGCAAAGUUCCAAGGAAAAGAAUUCACUAUCGAUACAUCGCUAUCAGAUGGAAACAAAACGUCUGUCCGUUUGCAUAAAAAAAACAAAAUUGCUGUUCCCAAAAAAUCGAUGGACCGUCUGGCUAGAAGUUCUUCCAGCUCAGGUCAACGUUUGCUGUUGGCGAUGGACACAACGGUAGCGAUGAUCUGGGUUGUCGACAGUGAUUGCACGAGCGUUGUCUGCAACGGUUAUCCAGACAGCGAAUACAGAAUAAACGUCACCACCCAAGAAAUAGGUGCAGCUACGUACAUCGAUGACUCAUUCGGACAUCAACCGAUCGACGGGAUAUUCGGACUCGGUUGGCCAGGAUAUGCACUCGAUAACCAGAAUGCACCACUACGCGACAUUGUUUCUCAACUAGACGAACCCAUCUUCACUAUUUGGCUGGAUAGAAUGGUAUCCGCCGUAAAUGGGGGCGAUGCUGGACGCAUUACUUUUGGAGGUUUCGACAACGAACAUUGUGAAUCAGAAAUCCGAUAUGUGCCAUUAACGGACAGGCUAAUUUGGGAAUUUUCGGUCGACGGCUUCUCCAUCGGUCCCUCCAAACGUCUUCAAAAACAUGAGGGCUGUUCAGCCAGCGCCGAGUCAUGGAUUGGAGCACCUAAAUACGUAGUCGAUGAAAUUGUAAAAACGACUAGAGCGCUCUAUGACCGUCGCAAUAAUGUCUAUACAGUCGAUUGCACUUCUACUCUCCCUGACUUCGUCAUUAUCAUCGGUGGCGUCAAUUACCCGAUUCCAUCCACUGAAUACGCGAUAGAUCUCGGACUUGGUGGCGGAAAAUGCGUCCUCACUUUUGUCCCAAUGGACACAGUUGAGUUCAGGGCACCGUGGGUCCUUGGCUACACCUUCAUUCGGAACUUUUGCAACGUAUACGAUAUCCAGGGGCAACGAAUUGGAUUUUCAAGAGCUAAACAUAACCAUAUCUAG